AAGAGUCAACAAAAUUAACUUGUUUACCAAUUCAAAAUAUUAAAAAUUGAACUAAAUUCCCAUGUUCCACGCACAGAUAGCUCUGUUCAUUCAUUCAAUAGACGGGAGCUGUCAAAAGUCAUUGCUACAGUGUGAGUUAUUUCUGUUUUCACUCUUCUCUUUGGCUGUCAACUAAACAAGAACGAUCAACAAUAAAGUCGGUGUAUUUGGAUUAGUGUGUUUGCACCGCAUAUAUGUGUGCUUACGUAUUUUUAUUUUUAUUAGGUAAAAUUUGCUAGUUUUUAACUUUGGUAAAGUAGGAUGGUGAAUUAGCGCAUUACUACACAGCUGACAAUGAAAAAUACUGGAAAAUUAGCUGGCCGAACGCUAUUGAUAACUGGAGCAUCACGGGGAAUUGGCAAAGCGAUCGCUUUGAAGGCAGCUCGUGAUGGUGCAAAUAUUAUAAUCGCUGCCAAAACGGCAGAGCCACAUCCAAAAUUACCUGGAACUAUUUACACAGCUGCUCAAGAGAUCGAAGAAGCCGGCGGAAAGGCAUUGCCACUCAUUUUGGACGUGCGAGAUGAACAACAAGUCAAAUCAGUGGUGAAAACAGCUGUUGAGAAGUUUGGUGGCAUCGAUAUUCUAGUGAACAAUGCCAGUGCAAUUUCAUUGACACCAACACUUCAGACGGAGAUGAAACGAUAUGACCUGAUGAACAACAUCAACACUCGCGGCACUUUUCUUGUAUCAAAAGAAUGCAUACCACAUUUGCUGAAAAGUGACCAUGCUCACAUUCUAAACUUGUCACCACCACUCAACUUGAACCCGGUUUGGUUCGGUAAUCACGCCGCUUACACCAUAGCCAAGUACGGAAUGUCGAUGUGUGUGCUAGGAAUGUCUCACGAGUACAAAGGUGAAAUCGGUGUGAAUGCACUAUGGCCCAAAACGGCCAUUGCUACUGCCGCCGUUGAGAUGUUGCUGGGUGAAGAUAGCAGUAAAUAUUCACGCAAGCCAGAAAUCUGUGCCGAUGCUGCCUAUGCCAUUCUAACUCGCGAUCCAAAAACCACAACCGGUAACUUCUACAUCGAUGAAGAGGUGCUUAAAGACGCUGGUGUCAAUGACCUCAAACAGUACGCUUGUUAUCCAGAAAAUGCCGACAAUUUAGCGCCCGACUUUUUUUUGGACAUCCCAACCAAUCUGAAAUCAAGGUUAUAAACCGUUUUCUUUAGAAUAAUAAGAAAAAAGCCACCGUUGGACAAUUUGUAUUAAAUGUUAUAUGGAAAAGGGAAAUUAAUGUGAGCAUUCAAUAGAAAAUGAAAUAAAAAAAUAACACAAUUUUAGCUAAUCACAUAUGGAUAAGGGAUCAUCAAUUAUUAUAAAUGGUUUUGAAAGAAAUUUGUUUAAAAA